AUGCAAGAGGUACUGGAACUCUUUGCUCUCACUGAAGCCAUUACUAAACCUGAUGAUGCGUCACCUGCCGAAGGGCAAAUGUUCCUUGUCAUUUCGCAAGAAUCUAUUUUUGGAGUUGCUGGUCCUCGCACCAUGCAGUUUGCUGGCUUUAUUCAGGAUAUGCCCAUUGUCGUUCUUGUUGAUUCAGGCAGUACUACAUCCUUUCUCAGUACUCAUGUUGCUGAUAAGCUGCAGUCUGUUUCUUUGAGCCCAGCCAGUUAUAGAGUACAGUCGGGGAUUCGAGCUAAUUCUGAGGCAUCCCAGUUACCAGCUGAUAUAGUACAGCUCCUGCAAGACUUUAAAUCAGUGUAUGAUCCACCUUCUGAACUUCCUCCAGUCAGGCCAUAUGACCAUACCAUUCCAUUGGUUCAAGGGGCUAGACCAGUCAACAUCAGGCCCUAUCGAUAUCCACCAGCACUUAAAGAUGAAAUAGAAGCCCAAAUUGCAGCUCGAGUUGGUUCAGUAGCAUACCGGCUCCUUCUUCCACCAACUUCACAAAUCCAUCCAGUUUUCCAUGUCUCACAAUUGAAGCAAGCAUUACCUGUUAAGCAUCAAGUGGCUGAACUUCCAUCUUCGCUGACUGGGUUGCAGGGCCUCAUCAAAUGGUCUGGACUUCAUCCAUCCUUAGUUACAUGGGAAGAUCUCGAGCCUCUCAAGCAACGGUUCCCCAACGCUCCUGCUUGGGGUCAAGCAGGUCCUAAUGGGAGGGGGAGUGUCACGGCAGCACCUACUGUACCGGCAUUGCCUGAAGACGGCCCAUCAGAGGUACCUCGUUCGGCAACAGCACAGAGGAAGAGUGAGCGUGCCAAGCUUCCAAGUACUCGUACUACUGGGCCUCAAUGGGCUUGA